AUGGAGCCGUCCGUGAUCCCCGGUUCCGACAUGUCUGACCUUUACUCCAUAAACCCGUUUAAUGUCACUUUUCCUGACGAGGUAAUGGGGUUCGUUCCCGACGGGAGGAACUAUACCGAGCCCAACCCGGUAAAGAGACCCGCGGGUAUCAUCAUCGCCAUUUCCAUAACGGCUCUGUACUCUGUCAUCUGCGUGGUGGGACUCCUGGGAAAUAUCCUGGUGAUGUAUGGGGUGGUCAGAUACACCAAGCUGAAAACUGCCACCAACAUCUACAUCUUCAAUUUGGCUCUGGCAGAUGCAUUAGCCACCAGUACCCUUCCAUUUCAAAGUGCCAAGUACCUUUUGAACACCUGGCCAUUUGGUGAGUUUCUGUGUAAGGUGGUCAUAGCCAUUGACUACUAUAACAUGUUCACCAGUAUCUUCACCCUUACAAUGAUGAGUGUGGACCGUUACAUCGCAGUGUGCCACCCUGUAAGGGCACUGGAUUUUCGGACCCCGAUCAAGGCCAAAAUUAUCAACGUGUGCAUCUGGAUUCUCUCCUCUGCUGUUGGAGUGCCAAUCAUGAUCAUGGCGGUUACCAAAGUGACAAACCAAGGUACAACUGCCUGCAUGCUGAAAUUCCCUGAUCCAGACUGGUACUGGGACACUGUGAUGAAGAUCUGUGUGUUUAUCUUUGCAUUUGUGGUGCCGGUGCUAGUCAUCACAGUUUGCUACGGUCUAAUGAUCUUACGCUUAAAGAGUGUCCGUCUACUCUCAGGCUCAAAGGAGAAGGACAGGAACAUGCGUCGGAUCACUCGAAUGGUCUUGGUAGUGGUGGCCGCCUUCAUCAUCUGCUGGACGCCCAUUCACAUCUUCAUCAUUGUCAAAACACUUGUAGACAUCGACCAAAGGAACCCCUUUGUGAUUGCCAGCUGGCACCUGUGCAUCGCACUUGGCUAUACCAACAGCAGCCUCAAUCCAGUCCUCUAUGCUUUCUUGGAUGAAAACUUCAAGAGAUGCUUCAGAGACUUCUGCGCACCGUUCCAAACCAGUGCUGACCGGACUGCUCUCAACCAAGCCAGGAAUGCGACUAGGGAGCCGGUUUCUGUUUGUGCUCCUUCAGACACAGGGAAGAAGCCGGUAUGA